CAAAUGCCGAAGUACCCAGAAUCCCAAUCACCCACAUACACUCGAUACUCUUUCUGGUGGAUUAUACCCUGGACAAUGAAUGAGAGUGAUGAGGUACCCCCAAUCCCACCUUUUGCUUGUUGCAAAGCUUGUGUGUAGGCGGAAUGCACACUGUUCUUUUUAUUUUUUUUUGUCAUCGCAUGCAUGGAAAAGCGAUGAUUCACCACUACGCUUAGUUCUCCCGUACUUUUAUUGCUUUCAAUACCGCUCGGUGUAGGAACAUCAAAGCUCCAUC